AUGCGGGCCCGCCCGCAACCGGGAGCCGGGAGCCGGCCGUGCUCCCCCGCCCGCCGCGCGCCAGGGCGGAGUUUCCUCCUCGGCUCAUUGUUCUCCGCCCAGCGCCGCCCCGCCCGCGCGCUCCUGGGGAAGGGGAGGGGAGGGGGCGGGGGCCGGCGCGGACGGGACCGGAGUCGCCGCAGCCGCCGGCCGGGCCGCAGCCGCGCAGACACCGCCCGGGACGCAGCCGUCUGCCGCUCCUCUGCCGCCUGGCUCGGCGCCUCGGCCGGCUCUGCCGCAGCGGCCGCGAGGAGGGGCCACCGGAGCGCGACUCGGGACGCUCGGGCCACCGCCCGGCCGUCGGAGCCACCGCCAGGCCUCCCGGAGAGGCGUCCAGACGCUCCCGCCGCCCGGACCCUUGGCCAAGUCCGCAGCCACCUGCUCCGCGCCCGCGCCCAGGACACGAUGCGCUCCGCGCUGUUGCUCUCGGCGUUUUUACUGUCGCUGCUGCUCUCCGUUAAUGGAAAUGUCACAGGAACAACCGAUGGACAAAGCUCAACUGUCAAGACCACAACCCAGUCGGUAGCAACCAUAAUCGCCAGUGAUCAGACAUUGAAUUCAACCCCAGACAAACAAAGUGCAGCCCUGACAUCCACUGAGACAUCCACUGUGACUACAGCACCGGCCAGCACUGUGGUGUCAACCUCAGCCCAGCAAAGCCCAACUGCCUCGGCCACUGAAACCACUCCCGUCACUACCGGAGCUCCUGCAGCCACAUCAACCACAGUCUCAACAAGUCCUGAAAGCACGAGCAGCCGGAAUGCAAUGAAUGAUUCACCCACAUCCAGAAUCCCAACUACCCACAGUGUGGCCACAGACAGCGUGGCUGCUAAGGAAGGCAGUCAGAAAAUCGCCACAUCUCCACAUCCGAAUAUCAUCCCAAGCAUCUCUCCUGUUCUGUCCUCUUCGACCAACCUCUCAAGCACUCAGCAGCCUAGCCCCGGCCCUGUGACUUUGGCCCCUGGGACUUCAGAGCCCACAGGGAGUUUCCCUGAGGGAUCAGACAAAAUGACUGUAACUACAAGUUUAGGCAGGAUGACAAGUCCCACGUUCACAGCUCAGGUGACCACACUGAAAACACAGGUCGCCGUUGAAGGAACUCAACACGCCUCCAGUGAGACGCCGGCUGCCACUGUCGCCACGGGAGUUCAGCAGCCUACGGGCUCUUCACAGGGACGUGGGACCACAUCUCUUGUCAGGAGAUCCACCAUCUCCAGCACCCAGUUGACGUCAAAUGCCCCCCAAAGCUCCAGCACCCCUUCUCCCACCUCAGUAAUUCCAACAAAUAUCGGGCAGAUCCAGUGCCAUCCUCCUGAAAAGCUGAAUGAGAGCAAACUCUCCCUGAACAUCUCGGGAGCCAACAGCUGUAACACAGUCGCUUCAAAUCACAGACUGGUCGAGGUGUUGUGCCAAGCAGUAAAAUCCUCCUUCAACAAAACUCAAGAUGAGUGCUAUAUAGAGAUGGCUCCUGGUUCACAUGCCCAGGAAGUGGACAUCAAACAAAUUACUAUCAUCACAAAGCUCCAACCCGCGGACAUUUAUAAGUUGCUGAAAGACGACUGGGACAAGCUAGAAGACGUGGGAGUCAGAGACAUGCAGUUUGGGGGUCAAGGACCACCAGAAGAGAUGGAGGACCGGUUCAGCAUGCCCCUGAUCAUCACUAUUGUCUGCAUGGCAUCCUUCUUGCUCCUGGUGGCGGCCCUCUAUGGCUGCUGCCACCAGCGCCUCUCCCAUAGGAAGGACCAGCAACGACUAACAGAGGAGCUACAGACGGUGGAGAAUGGUUACCAUGACAAUCCGACACUGGAAGUGAUGGAGACCUCAUCAGAGAUGCAGGAGAAGAAGGUGGCGAACCUCAAUGGGGAGCUGGGGGACAGCUGGAUUGUGCCUCUGGACAACCUGACCAAAGAUGACCCUGAAGAGGAAGACACACACCUCUAAUCGGGGCUGCCGGCCGUCUCCGACGGUGCAGAGCUCCAGCCCAACCACCUCAAGUGCCAUUUGUAAGGGGAGGAGGAAGACCCUUCCCCUUAGAGGGAAAGACUGGGGAAGAAGAGCAGACUUGGAGGGUCCCCUCAUCCCAGUCCCCACAGGCCUUAAUUUUUCCCUUUUCAAGCUGAACAAAUCACAUUCUGUGUAGAAUCCUCUUGUAGAAUAACCCACUAGUGCCUGAGUGCAGUGCUGCUGGGAGAACAGGAAAGAGCCAUAGAAGGAACUUUUCGAGACCAUCUACUAGCCUCCCUUCACAGACAAGAUGACUGAGGCCUAAAGAGGGUAAAGUCAAGGUCACACAGCCACUGGGUGACAUGUCGGAAUGAAAACAGAGACCCUUCAUUCAGUCCAGUGCCCGUUCCCACCACACCACGCUGCUGGCAUCACCCGUGCCCUCCCUCCAGAGCUACCCCGGGCAGGGGUGGAAGCUGCCCAUCAGUGGAGGGUCUGGCUUCUUGAAAGGACAGGUCCUGUUCCUGUCUCGUCUGCCGGCCUUGUCUGCCUGCCUGUGUUCCUGCCGUUUGUUCUCCCUCCCUUCAUUCAGUUUUUUCAUCCCCACUGUGUUCCAGGGCCUCUGGGACUAACGGAGGUCAUUCAUGACCCUCAGUCCCUUGUUCUGGAGUCUAGUUUCCUGGCGUCUGCUGGCACUGACAGAGCACACAAGACUCCCCCUGUGAAUAUGUCUGCCCACCAGCCAUCUACAGAUGAAGAGAGAAAGGGAAGCCCCUCUUUCCAGGAUGGGUCCCCACCUACCCCCAAGGCUCCCCAAGUGCUGCCUGGCCUCCCACUCCCACGGGGACUAAAAUCUGCAGCAGCUACUGAAAGGCAAGAUGUUUCCUGUUUCGUUGUCGUUGCUCAGCCGAUGCAGUAGAGAGGAGAUCCCAGCUCAGUCAUUCCCUCUGAGGUUCAGCGUGAAUGAGCAGCUUCAGGACAGAGCUUCCUCAGGCCCAGUCAGCAGAGAGGUGUCCAAACAGACAAUCGACUGAAACAGGAAGGACAGGCUUUACUUUUCCAUUUCAUAGGAUACUCAGGGGCUUUGCAAGUUGCUCAGAGUUUUCUCUCUUAAUCCAGCCCUCUACUGCCAAAGGCCAAAACUCAAAUCAUUGAGAUGUUUGAAGAUUCCAGUCUUCUGUGCACAGGGCAAGAAGAGACUGGAGGGGAGGUGCACUUCAAGCUGCGUAAGGAGCAGCCAGCCUGAGUAGAAUCCCAGCGACCUUUCACUGUCGGGCAUGGAGCUAGGCCGUGCCAUGUGCCCUCCUCGGUAUUCCUAGUGGGGCUGGCUGCCCGGCGCUCCUGCAGGUUCUGGUGGCAUUCUCAGGGAAGCACAGUGCCGACCGUUGCCCAGUGGAGGGGUUUGGAGGGAGCUUAGCAGGUAGCAGCUACAUAGACGGCACCUGAGGACUGAGCACAGCGAGCUUUCACCUGAUUUUCUGAGGAGAGGGAAUUCUGCGUGGAAUUUUGAACUCUGCCCACGGUCUCUCUGUUGCUAGGCAUAAUGCCCCUAGAUCCUACUAGGAAGAUGCUUUGGAGAAUGAAAUGGUCACUUGGCCUAGGCUGCGAUAGAUCUGAUAGAAUAGGCUCUCUGCUUUGGGAUAUUUUUUUUAAAGGAGAGGAUCUUAGGGGGACAAUCUGUGUCUUUCCUUGGCCAUCUAAUUCCCUCUUCAUAGUCUUUAGCCAUUUGAUACUAAAGGGAAGAGGAAGGCCAGAGGUUCAAGUAGGGCCCCCAGUGAGUUUCCCACAGGCUAGAAAGAUGCUAAGGUAACAAAGAUCCUGAAGUAUUUGCCCUGAUUCUUCCCUAUUUGGAGGCUGGCAGGAUGGAGAAUACUGGUUUGGGGGGAAAUAGAAAAUGCUGUCUCAUUGGGAAAAGAUGUUUGCUUCUUUCCUACCCAGGAUUUGGUUCUUUCUACCCAGUGGGUUUCUAUCAUGGCCACCGUGGGAGAGGCCAGCCUGGAUUACUCCUUUGCUGAUUCUGGGUCUCAUUCCACCAGCCAGGUUUAGACAGAGACAGCAAAUACAUUCUGGAAGCCAAUCAAAGGCCAUAACCCACAGGCCUCUUGGGGAGCGAGAAGGUGACUGGCAAGGACGAGAGAGUAAAAAUGAGGCUUGGUCAAGAGGAAUGACUGUGGCUCUGUCCAGAGACAGCCUUGAUAAGCUCUGGGCUGGUUCAGAGGCUCCUUCUUUGGGUGCAUCUGAACUGUAUUGUUCUAGCCUUCUGGGCAACUUGCCGUGGCUUGCUCGUGCCACUAGACACCUAUGUCAAAGACCAUAUUGCCAUGCAUCUGUAGUGGUCAUCUUCUUCCCACAUCUUUGCUGGUCUCGGAUGCUAUCUAGUUAAUUCAGAUUCUGGGGCUGAGAAGAGAGAAGAGAGAGAGAACUCAGCAUUGACUUGAAACAGUCUGUACCAGAGAGAUUAUAAACUCUUAUUUCGGUGGCACACUGGUUUCCCUAAACUUCAUAAAAGGCCAGAAACCAUGAAUCUGAUGACUGGACGAAAUCCAGGGGGAAACACACUGUCAUGUCAGUGGGGAGAGGCGCAGCAAUGCUUAUGAAGGGGGGCACAGAAUAUUCUUCUGUGUCAUAGGACAAGAUACAGGUUUAAUCUAGUCUAGAUGCAAGACUGUUCUUUCCUUUCUUGAUAAGGAAAGCUAACAGAAAGUUUAUUUAAAUCACUUCUUGAGCUUUUAUCUUUUUGACAAUAUACUGGAGAAACUUUGAAAAACCAGUUCCAGCUGAUACACAUAUAUGUAUUUUUUGAAAAUGUAAAUACAACAGCCACAUGUUAAUCCACCCUGCACUGCUUUGAGUGAAUAUACUUUGAAAAAAACCUCUGUUAAGAGAGAAGGCUUUUUUCCCUCUAAACAGGAAUGUAGAUGUCUAUUUUACUAGCUUUUGUUUUUCUUUAAUGAAAAAUGAAAUACAAGACAGGCUGAUGAUGAAGUAUUUGUCUUGGCAGACUGGGCAUUUUUAUUUUUAAAUAUGGUCCUCAUCCCCUCCCCAUGAAGUCCCAGCAUGUUACAAUAAGGGUUGUAGUCCAUAUGCACUGGUUGGGAAGAGACUCUCUAGUCAUAGAGGGGUUUUAGAACCCAGUCCAAUCUUUAUUUUUUUAACAGAAGAAGAGUCUGAAGCCCAGAAAGAUAAAGUGACCUGGCGAAACUCAUGUAUUUAGUGACAGAAAACAGGCUUAAAACCUGGAAUGGAAGACUGUCCAGUGCUCUGUGCUUCAGGGAGAAACCAACAAAUUAAGGAGAGUGAUACCAAGGACAGAUCUGCAGCAAAGCAAGCGUAGGGAGAGCAUGAAGACAAAAACAGGAACCUUACUGGUCUGUGGCUUAUUUAGAUCUAAGACUUAAAUGAACAAUUUUGUUCUGCCAGGAAUAGUUUUGAAUAGUUUCUACAUAUAGGACUAAGGAUCAAAGGGAACAGGAUGGGAAGGCAGAGGGGGCGAGAGUAAAGCAAUGGCUUUCAUCCUUGUCAUUAGCUGAUUAACUCAGGUUUGGUGAAAAUCCUACCCUGAGUCAAAGGAGGGGAUUACUAUUUGCUCCAUGUCUUUUUAAAAAAAUCAGUGAAUGUUAAAAGAGUUUGCUCAGGAGACUGGGGGAGCUGUGUCUUAGUGGACAGGGGUCUAAAGUACACUGGAAUUUACUGAGAAACUUGUUUGUAAAGAUUAUUACUUAUUGCUGUUUUCUUACAAAAGUAUAUUUUGGAAAGUUGUAUACUGUCAAUUAAACUGCUUUUGUCUAA